UAAUCCUCCUCACUAGUCUCUGACUGCUUCACCAGCAACACACUCAAGGAAGAUCCUACAACCACAGCAGCAACUACCAAAACUACAACAUCAGCCAUGGAGAUGUCCUUCUGUGCUCCUCUCCAGCUCCAGGACAAUUGUUUCCUGUUUGACUGUGAGUCCUUGUUGGAGAAAUCUUACAAUCCUGUGGCCUAUGAUCCAGCCUCAGACCCUGGUUACUUCAGCGCAGGCAGUAGUCUGUCUCCCACCUCGUCUGUGGACUCUUUUUGCUUCUCCCCUACUGCCAUCCAGGCGGCCGGAAAUGAACAAGAUGCCCUUGAGCGCUUCAUCUUCAGCGGCUCAGAAGCACCUUGCGAUUCUUACAAGACACAGACUCUGCCCUACUCAAGGCCCUCCACAUCCACAGCCACCUCCGCCACAAAGAGGUCGAGGUCCAGGUAUCCGGGGAAGAAACGCGAGACAGCCAGCGAGAGGGAGAAGCUGAGGAUGAGGGAUCUGACCAAGGCUCUUCAUCAUCUCAGGACAUACCUCCCAAACUCAGUGGCUCCUGCAGGACAGACCCUGACCAAGAUCGAGACCCUGAGCCUCACCAUCCGCUACAUCUCCCACCUGACAGCUCAGCUGGGCCUCAGUGAGGAGGUGCUGGAGACGAGGAGCUCGCCGGGCUUUAUGGAGCAGCCUCAGACCCUCAGCCAGUUUCUGGGUCAGCCAACAGCCUGCAACAGUCCUCAGGAGUUUAGCUGUAACAGAAUGAGCACGACCCAGCAGUCCCCUCUGCAGCACACAUAUCAGGUUUCCAGUGAAGGUGGCUUCACCAGCGAGCAGCACUGGAUGCCACAGCAACAACUUCAAAAUGUCACUUUCCCCGGACAUUGCUGACUCUGCGGAGACAUAUGACUGUCCGUCCACACCAGUAUAUUCAUUGCAACAAUGAUCUUGAACACAGUUUAUGGACAAUGCUUCUACAUUUUGUUAUUUUGAACAAAAUAUAUGUCUGUCGUUUUGUUUUUUCUAUAUAAAUAUGUGUAUUUAUUGAUUUUUUAACGUAUGUGAUCUGAAUAAAUUAAUAUCCAUAAUAA